AUGUCAUCUCCCACUCCCAAUGUUGCCGAGAAGCUCGAAUCGGUGGCGGCCAUCCUAAACGAUGCUGCCAAGGGCCUCCGAGCUGGGGCCAAAGCAACCCCAGAGCAGCAUGCCGUACUCAUCGAGGCUCUCAAAAGCACUGUCGAGCUCGUCAAUGAGCCCCGCGACGAUAUCUCCGAUGUCAUGACGGCUUUCGCCCAGGGCACUAUCAUCCGGCUUUUUAUCAAGUGGCAGGUCUUCGCCAACAUUCCCCUCGAUGGGGCCAUCCCAUACAAAGAUCUCGCCGUCAAGGUGGCCGGCGAUGUCGCCCUCAUUAGUGAGAAUAUUCCGAGAUCCCAACAGGCCCGCCUCUGUUGGGUACUGGUCUCGACGGGAGUUCUACGCCAGGAAGGCUCAGACCAAAUUGCGCACACAAUCAGAUCAAGGGCCUAUGGCCACCGCAAUCCGCUCCAAGCCAUGAUGCAGAUGGGGUUUGACGAGUAUCUACCACCACUCCUCGCUCUACCACGGUACUACGAGACCUACGGCAUCAAAGAGCCGACCGAGAAACUGUACACGGUCAAGGCUUUCGCCGAGGGCAAGCCGGGCCAGUCCGUGGCCGACAUCACCCUAGCAGACCCUGAACGGGUCGCCACUUUCGUGCUGGCCAUGGACUCGAUGGAGAACAUGUAUCCGCACGACGGGAUGUACAACUACAGCUGGGUGGCGGCACGCGCGGGCGAGUCGCCGGACCGGGCGCUGAUUGUCGACGUCGGCGGCGCCCAGGGCAACGCCCUUCAGGCGAUGUGCAAGAGCACCCCAGGGUUGCCCAUGAGCCGCUGCGUGCUGCAGGACCUGCCGGAGGUGAUUGAGACGGUGAAGAAGAUUGGCGAUGAAGGGAUCAAGGGCGCCAGGUUGAUGAGCAUGGAUUUCCACAACGAACAGCCGGUCAAAGGUGCCCUCGUCUACCACAUCCGGCGGUGUCUCCACGAUUUUGGGGAUGACGAGAGCGUGCAAAUCCUGCAACACCUGUCCGAUGCCAUGGCGCCGGACAGCCGGGUGCUGAUUGGGGAAGCAGUCAUGGACAACCCGCCGGCGCGCUCCGUGGCGCUGGUGGACUUCUUGCUGUCGACGGUCGGAGGCAAGGAGAGGACGGUCGAUGGCUUCCGCGAGAUCGCCAGCCGCGCGGGGCUGAAGGUACGGGCUGUUCACCAGGGUAAGCAGCGGGGCAUGUCGAUUGUCGAGUGUGAAAAGGAGAUAUAG